AUGGGAUGCAUUAGUGCCAAAGAUGUCCAGUAAUCCAUCAACAAAAACAUCUAUAACAAUAUGAAACAAACGCAUAUCAUAGCCUUCGAUCAAGUAAUUUUUGUGUUGAUUUUGCAAUAGCUGUUUUUGUUGCAAUCCCAAUGUCUAAGAGACCUCGAUCUUUUGCAGAAUAAGGUGAUUUCCAGGAGGAUCAAUAUGAUCAACAUCACAAAGGCUCAUCUUCUCAACAACCCCAAAUUGACUGAUGCUUAUAAGUUGUGGACUUGGGGAGUUUCGCUUUGCAACAAGGGAAAUUCAAAAGGAAUGAAUGUACGCUACAGUUUCAAUAAUCCUAACGAAUCUGUGGAUGAGACUCCCACUUUCAAUUACAAUCUAGGGUCCUGCAAAGAACUCAGGUUUCAUUGGUUUGCUAUCAUCCUCAAGGAAUAUGUUGAAUAUGUAUAAAAUGCGAAAUAAUAAUAUCCAGAAGAUCGUCUCAAGGCCAAAGACAUUUAUGAGAAAUUAAAAACCAUGAAGGAACAAUCAUCAAUUUAUUUAAAUACUUUAUCUCCAACUGAAAGAGGUGAGGCCUUUGCCAACAUAGAAUACAACAUGAGUAAAAUCAAUAAGGGGUUGUUCAAUGCUGAUUAGUUUUACGACAAUUUAAAGGAAUUGGAUAUAGAAUUGGAAGCCCUGAUUCAAAAGAAUCAUCAAUAUGAGAAUGAAGCAGAUUAAUGGGGUAGAAAAUUGUAUCGUGACCUUGAUGUGAUUCCGAUUGGCAACGAUUCCUAUAGAAUGAGAGCCAAAAUGAACAGUUUGGUGUUACUGUAUCAUCCAGGCAAAAAGAGAACCCAAGAAGAAGAGGAUUACUAUUACAACAUCAAAUUGGAGAGGUCUAAAAUAAAGCCUAAGGUUUUGAAUAACGAUGAGGAUGACAAACAAAAGAUAUUUCUAUUCAAAAUAAGAUGGACUGGGUGUUCUGAAGUUGAUGAGAAAUGGAGUGAGAUUGCAUUCAUUUUAGAAAAACACAGUGAAUAAAUUAAGUCAAUCAAAUAGAUCAGAAACAAAAUAAGAUAUGAAUUACAAACCUAUAAGUAUGUGGAUGACAAUUUAAUUGAGGCCUGGAAGAUUUAUAGUCUCUCCUUAUUGACUGAGUUGAAGGAUGUAAAGAUUACAUUAAACAUAAGUGAUUCGGAAUCAGCAACUAAAAUCCUUAAAAAUUAAUAAGUUUUGAAUGAGAAUUUGGAAUUACAAACCAAACUCUUCAGCGAAUACUUUUUCAUUAUUAGACCCUCUUAGUAGAAGAAACUGAAAGAAUAUUGGAGGAAAUUGGACUUUGAUAAAUAAUGGAUUCAGGGUUCAUUCAUGAAAUCAGAUCAAUUCAAAAUGAUGCAUCACCAAAAUCAAUACAAUAUGAUGACAAAUCAGGCCAAGAACAUCUAUGAAUUCACGACUUAGAGUCCUCUGUAUCAAGCCAUCUAUCAGAAAAGUGAGUUUAUUAGUAAUAUUUAGAAUACAUGAAAUUGGAGAAGGAGGCCGAAGAUCUGUUUACUAAUGGAAUUGCUAUAUUCGACGAGAUGGAGAGACUUUAUGAACAGUACAAGAUAGACAAGGAUGUCGACAAAUUAAUGAAACAAGAAUUAAGGAGCAAUGAUGUUAUUUUAAAGAAAUAAUCUAAACUUUCCAAAUAUAAUUGAUAAUUUAUUAUAUAUUUAGUACCUAAUCAAAACAUAGAUAAAAUUAAAUUUGAUGGGGCAGACAUGCAGUAAGAAACGAGAGGCCAAUAAGUGCCAUUAGACUCAGCCAUCAAAAGUGGUUCUUGGGGAUUCACAUUAAAAUAUACAUACUAAUCCAAACAUUUAUCACCCUCAACAAGCGUUGAAGCAAUUCAAAUAACUUUCUUUGCUAUUGUCAUUGGUAGGGAGUUUGGAUCAAUUAAAACAAAAGACCAGAGAUCAGUUAAGACAGUUGUUCGCAUAAAAAAACAAUUGCUAAAUAAUCAUUUAAAACACCAUAAGAAGAGAAUUAAGAAUAAAAGGCUUAAUUCGACCGCCUCAGCAAGAUGACGAGGCUUUAUUACUUCAGGACAAAAAGUUCAAUAAAUCGCUACAGACACAAUUAAUAAUAGCAGCUGAAAUCAUUAGGACAUUGUAAUAAGAUCAAGACUUUUAAGAUAUGUUUCCAACAAUGUGUAUAUCCUUUAUGGAAUUGGCAGACAGUAUUCAAUCCGAUAAUUAAUGA